UUGCGACAUGACCGCCGAGUUGAUGCCGGCCGCUGUGUGCGGCGUGACCUUCAUCAUUCCUAUUCGUUGCCUUGGCGUUUUUCCGAUUGUGAGGUUGGUACCUUUUGCUUCUUGUCUCGAUGGGUCCUUUGGUUCAAGAUUUGUUCGUUCUAUGAUCACUGAUCAGUUUAAGUUAGCGCUUCUUGAUCCUUGCUCAUCCGACAGCGAUUGUGGGGUUGGUACCUAUUGCUUCUCUUGUCUCGAUGGGUCCUUUGGUUCAAGAUGUGUUCGUUCUAUGAUCACUGAUCAGUUUAAGUUAGUGAAUAAUUCUAUGCCUUUCAAUAAAUAUGCCUAUUUAACUACCCACAACUCUUAUGCAAUUGUUGGAGAACCAAGCCACACUGGUGUUCCAAGAAGCACCUUUACUAACCAAGAGGAUACUGUCACUCAACAGUUAAAUAAUGGUGUUCGAGCUCUGAUGUUGGAUACUUACGACUUCCAAGAUGAUGUUUGGUUAUGCCAUUCACCAGAAGGGAAAUGCAAUGAUUUUACUGCAUUUGAACCAGCCAUCGAUACUCUCAAGGAAAUUGAAGCCUUCCUAUCUGCAAACCCAUCAGAGAUUAUCACAUUAAUAUUGGAAGAUUAUGUACAUACACCUAAUGGAUUGAAUAAUGUUUUCAAUCGAUCCGGUUUACUGAAGUUUUGGUUCCCAUUGUCAAAAAUGCCGCAAAAUGGCCAGGAUUGGCCAUUGAUAAGUGACAUGGUUGCAAACAACCAACGCCUUCUUGUCUUCACUUCCAUCAGAUCUAAGCAAGAUAAUGAAGGGAUUGCUUACCAGUGGAACUUCAUGGUUGAAAACCAGUAUGGAGAUGAUGGAAUGAAAGCCGGUAAUUGCUCAAACCGUGCUGAAUCCAAUCCUCUCACCGACACAAGUAAAUCUCUUGUUCUGGUGAAUUAUUUCCCCACCAUACCGAUUGAAGCAACAACAUGUAGGCACAAUUCUGAAGAACUCAUUAACAUGCUUGAUACUUGCUAUGGGGCAGCAAGCAAUCGGUGGGCAAACUUUGUUGCUGUCGAUUUCUACAAGAGGAGCAAGGGAGGAGGAGCCUUCCAAGCUACUGACAUGCUUAAUGGAAGGCUUUUAUGUGGAUGUGAUGAUGUUCACGCUUGUGCUGUAAGAUCUUCAAGAAACUUCAAUCAGUUUAUGCCUUAUAUUUUUCAAGUGAAUAUUGAAACAAGUUUAUAA